CUGAUGUAUGAUUCUGUGAUUCUGCAGCUCAAGCCGAGUGGGAGCACCUCCAACAACUCACCAUGCUGAACACCAGCCAGGAGCUGCACACCAGCCAGGAGCUGAACAUCCUGCAUGGGAUUUACAUCGGUACAGAGUGCUUGGUUGCUGUCUCUGCCACUUUGGGAAACAUCCUGGUCAUCUGGGUGGUGAAGAUGAACUCGACGUUUCAGAACAUGACUCUGCACUUCAUUGUUUCCCUGGCGCUGGCUGAUAUCGUGAUGGGGAUCCUCGUCAUGCCCCUGGCCAUCGUGGUGAGCCUGCGCAUCAGCACCCACUUCUACACCUGCCUGGCCAUGUGCUGCCUGAUAGUGGCUUUCAGUAACGCGUCCAUCCUCUCCCUCCUGGCCAUCGCCAUCGACAGGUACCUGCGAGUGAAGCUGCCAACCAGAUAUAAAAUAAUCACUACAGAGAGAAGAGUUUGGUGGGCACUGGGUUUAUGCUGGUUUCUGUCCCUGCUCAUAGGAUUAGUCCCCAUGUUUGGGUGGAACAAGGCAGAAGCAAGAACCUCGGAGUUUCUCAGGUGUCAGUUUAUCUCUGUGAUAAGGAUGGAUUACAUGGUAUAUGUUAUCUUCUUCACAUGGACCCUUGUCCCUCUGCUCAUCAUGUGUGCUCUGUAUAUUGAAAUCUUCUACAUCAUCCGGACGAAGCUGAGUCAAGGUACAACCAACGCGAGAGGGACAGGAGGGUUUUAUGGACGGGAGUUCAAGACAGCCAAAUCUCUAGCACUUGUUCUCUUCCUGUUUGCAAUAUCCUGGUUGCCUCUGUGCAUUAUAAACUGUGUUUCCUAUUUUUACCCCAAGUCUCAGAUCCCCGAGGUUUUGAUGUACUUGAGUAUCCUGUUAUCCCAUGCCAAUUCUGCCAUGAACCCCAUUGUCUAUGCUUGCAAGAUAAAGAAGUUCAAGAACACAUACCUUUUAAUUUUAAGGACCUAUAUCCUGUGCAAAAAACCAGAGCCAGUUCUGACAGAGCAAACAACAGAGCAACAGUCAUAAAUCAAGAAGUGUUGAUCUGCCAGUAUAUACCAGACCACUGAUAACCACUCUGUGAAGAAACUGAAGGGAAAUGGGUGCUGCAUUUUGUCUACUCCCACUCUUGCACAAACUGCUUUGUGAUAAGGGCAAGCUCCUCUUACCCAACCUGAUGCACAUUUGACAUUAAGCCCAAAGCAAUCAUUUAUGAUGUCCUGCACUAGUGUACUCCAGAGAAUUCUGCUUGGUGGUCGCUGAGCUUUCAGGCAAGCAUCUUCAUUUAACAGGACCCUCCAGGUUUUAUGUAGUGACUUGACCACGAUCUGGUAGACCCACGACCCAAAGUAACAAGGCAGAUGUUUUGCUCCGAGUUCCCCAGCUCGGGUCCAUCACCAGCUGGUAAAAACCUGCUGCUGUGAGUCCUGCUGCCAGAUGCUGCACUGAUUUUGGGGACCCUCCCAAAACCAGCAGGACAUCCCAACAAUGGGACACUUCCAUGGCUUUUAAAGCAAGACAGUGCUCAGCCGAGAAUCCUGCGAAACUAACUCAGACACAGAGCACCAGGCAAGAGCCAAACUGCUGAACACACUGAGCUGUUCCUUAGGGAGAUGUGCCGGGGACAUGCCAGGAGGAGAUGACUGUCAGAAAAUAAACUAAUAAUAUCUUUAAGUUCUUCCCUCCUCCCUCAGUUUCCUGACCAGGGAUAGAAUCAACUGUCCCAAACCCGUCAUGCAUACAUUGUCAGAAUUGGUUACUAAACCCAUCCAUUUUGGGGAUUCUUCCUGCACAGCAUAUCCCCGUGUUUAAUUCUCUUACAAUCAACCUGGUUUGCUAACACCUGAUUUAAAUGUGAUUUGCUGCAAGACUCCUCUGUAAACCUGAAGAACAGUUACUCUUUGUAGCACCCUGUUACAGAUCUGAUGCCUAAAGAUGUACGUAAAGAUGUGUCUAUAUAUGUCUUUGUUUUAAAUAUUUUCAAAAUACAGAAGAGAUACUGGAGAGAAGUUUUGCCAGUGUUGUUUUGAUUUUUGUUACACAAGGUUUGGUUUGGUCCACUGAAAAAUAGGACAAAUAUGUUCUUUGUUGUUGGUAAUACAGCAGCUCACA